CUGGGAGGUAGCCCCCUAUAAAACAGCCAACAGUGGGCAGCCCAGCCAGCAGAACUGUGGGUCAGCUGUGGAAAGGGAGCUGCAUUGCCACCAUGAGCUUUUCUGGCAAGUACCAGCUGCAGACCCAGGAAAACUUUGAGCCCUUUAUGAAGGCAAUCGGUGUACCUGAUGACCUCAUCCAGAAGGGGAAGGACCUCAAGAGCGUAUCAGAAAUUGUGCAGAAUGGGAAGCAUUUUAAGCUCACCAUCACCACAGGGACCAAAGUGAUCCAGAACGAGUUCACCUUGGGGGAGGAGUGUGAGCUGGAUUCCAUGACUGGGGAGAAAAUCAAGGCAGUGGUUAAACAGGAAGGUGAAAACAAACUGGUGACAACUUUAAAAAACAUCAAGUCUGUGACUGAACUCAAUGGUGACACACUCAUCAAUGUAAGUUGGCACUCUGCCAAGCUUAUGGCUCCAAGUGCUUGAGGGGAGAGAAGAAGUGAAGGAUGAGGAUCAGUCCAGAUAUCAGGAUGUUUUUUUCCACAGUAUCUUGAGGAAGGGGUUCCCUUUUCUAAUUCACCAAAGCUCCACAUGAGCUGGCAAUGACCCUAUCUGGUACUACCAACCUCCCCUGUGCAUUGUGCCACUUUGUGAGUCAAUCAGACACUCCCAGCACCCUUCCAUUUUGCCUCCUUGCCUACUCCCUGUCUCCUCUCCUCCAGCAAUCAAGUAAGAGGAGCUUGGUGGGCAAAGAAAC